GACAUUGAAGUACACCUUCCACUUCGACUGUUUGUACGGGCGGUAUUUGCAAGUUUUUCAGUGCACGCGUUCCAUCAUGCCUCCCAAACAGGCAUCGAAAGGUGGUAAGAAGGAACCGGCUAAAAAGCCGAUGAAACCUAAAGAAGGUGGUGGUGGAAAGGCUAAGAAGAAGAAAUGGUCCAAGGGAAAAGUCAGAGACAAACUCAACAACAUGGUGCUAUUUGACAAGGCAACCUUCGAUAAGCUAUUGAAGGAAGUCCCACAGUACAAAGUUAUUACACCAUCAGUUGUGUCAGAACGGUUGAAAAUUCGGGCUUCACUUGCUCGUCAUGCGCUCGAAGAACUAUGGCGGCGAGGUUCGAUAAAGAUGGUGUGCAAACACAAUUCUCAACAGAUAUACACCCGAACAACAAAGGCUGAAUGAGUGUACCAUAAUAUAAAUUUGGUAGUCAGACUAUUCUUUUGAUUUGCUGAAGAUAGGAUGUUUACUGUUGAAUUAAUUUUUGUACAGGGAUGCGGUUGAAUCGAGAAACUGUGGUGGAAACGACUCGCCUGUUCUUGGUGCCUUAUCUUGCUACUCAUGUGACAAAAUACCACCGAUGGAUGCAAUGUUCAUGGUUAAGAGAAAGUACAUCAUCGGAAUCACUGUCUCUUGAUGAGGAAUUUGAAGCACAAAAACAAUGGUGUAACUCUGAUGAUCGAUUAACAUUUAUCCUGCUUAGUAAACAACUUCUGGAAGAAUUUUGGUCAUUGAAAAGUAACCAAAUCAAAUCACAUCAGCAGAGUCUUUAUGAAUUUGUAGACGAUGAAAAUCCUGAAGUUUAUGCAAUGAUUGGAGAUGUGAAUCUUUUUCUUACCCCUGGCAUUGGUGAUGAUGAUUUUGAAGGUGAAUUAUCUGUAAUGAUUGCUGAAUCAAAAUUUCGUGGUCAACGUUUAGCAGCUGAAGCAUUAGCUGGUAUCCUUGAAUAUUCUGGAAGACAUCUACCAGUGGAUUUAACAUCUCUUGUUGCUAAAGUAUCCGUAAAUAAUGAAGGAAGUGUAAAAUUUUUUAAAGAACGUUUACAGUUUAUUGAACGCUCACGAAAUAAUAUAUUCAAUGAGAAGAUAAACGUUUAUAACAUUGGUUUUUCAAAUUGAAAAAAGAAUCGAACUUGAGCACUGUGGUGGUAGAGUGUGUUUCCAUUAUGGAGAAAAUUUGAUAAAGUCUCUCAAUUGAAUUUAUACCAGAUGUAGAAAAUUUAUCCAGCGUAGAGAUUAACUCGUCAGAAUUCAAGAAUCAACUGGCGUUGAAAACAUCUCAAGCUAUAAUUAAUCGACUUUUAGCUACAUCUCCAGAAUUGUCGGCAUCUUCUACAUGGUAUUAUAAAGAAAAUGAAUUAAAAAUUUGGCGUGAUAAACAAAAGAAAUGAUUGUUUUUUUUUAAAAGCGUCACUUGGUUUUUUUGUACAAAAUCAAUUUUUUACAUGAAAAAGUAUUUUAAAGCGAUUAUAAAUAUAAAAUAUGCGUGAA